CAGGGGAUGAACAAUCAGUACGUCCGCCGGGAAAUCUUCUGCGGGAACACCUGCCACGAGCUCAAGCGCUUCUGGGAGCGGGAGAUCGGCAAGCAGACCUACUACCGCGAAUCCGAGGAGUACCGCCUGGGGAGAAGUGCCCUGAGGAAGCUCAGGGAGGAAUGGAGGCAGAGACUGGAAGCAAAGCUGAGGCUGCGGAACAAUCCAGAUGAGGCCGAAAAGCGAGCAAACAUGGGCCGGGAGCUUCUUGCUUCACUGGCUCAAGAGGAGUCAAAGCACUGAGGGGGCUCUGCCAGGAGAAGUCAGUGCAAAUGCCUGCGUCCCUGAGCUGUGCCAGACAGAUGUCACACUCCCCCCGACCUGCGACAGAUCUACCCACACGUCCUCCCGGCGCCACGUGGGAAUGAUCAGCCAGGUCAGCCCCCUCCACACGGGGUCAGGAUAUUAGCCCCAGAGUCCCUACUGAUGAGAUUAUGUAAUACCAGAGCUCCAUGCGGCAUACUUUAUACUCAUAUAGUUACCUUCUAAUCUUAAAAUCUACAGAUUUUAAAUUCUAAGCACCCACCGGGAGUGGGGGGUGGGGAGCCGAUCUUCACGGUCACACUUUAAACAUUGCCCGCCAGUGUCUUUCCACAUCUCUCCUAAAAACAGUUUCGCGUGAUCCUUUCUCUUGUUUUCCUUUUAUGAGAAGAGAAAUGCACCCGUCUGCAGAAAUAGCUGUAUUGUAAAUAAUCGCAAAAAUAAGGUUAU